AUGAAGAAUGAGGAAAUUUACGACAGUUCACGAAAUGUCCAAAAUGGAGAUCCAUCGAUUAAAACGGAGAUGAAAGACGAUAAGGAUGAUUCGAAAAUGAAUGGAGUUCUACACGAUUACAUAGGUAAUGCAGACAUGAAUGUAAGGUACGAUGCGGACAGCAAUCUUAACAACAAGCCAAAAUCCACAUUGGAAAGUAGAAAUAACCUGAACGAUGAAUACAAAUAUGUAUACGAUAAUGAAGUUUUGGCUAGCCAGGAAAUAAAAACCAUUUCAAAAAUCAUGAAAAGUAAAAAUAUGAGUUGUGCGCAAAAUGCUUCCCCUGAGAAUAAUUUUGUGCAUACCAGUCUGCCUCAAAUUGAGGGGGACGAAUCGGUAGGCAUUAAUCAGAGUGGAAGUUUUAAAAGUGCCAACAAUUUAAACAUUAGUUAUAAACUAAAUUGUAACGACACGGAGGUGGGUGAUUACAUGUAUGACGUGAGAAGAGACAGUGAUGUCAGAAGGGGUAGGAAAAGUUUCCAAACUAAUGAAGUUCAUAGGGAAAAGAUUAAAACGGAUUCUUCCCACACGUUGGAGGAGUCCAAUAUGGAUGGGGAGGGACCACAUACCUACCUCAGUGCCCAACGGGGCUAUAUUUGUGAUGAGUCAGUUUCUAAUCAACAUUAUGUAAAGAUGCAGUAUAAAGAAAUGAAGGGAGAUGGGAAGGAGUACCUCCAUUUUUAUAAAAGGGAGAAAGAUGAUGAGCAGGGUCUGAGUGAAUGUAGAGGGGUCGAUGCCGAUUUUGAUGCGGUAGAAUCGGAUAUAAAUUAUUACGAUGAGGAGGGCUUACGCCUAGAUUAUGAAGCCGACCAGAAUGACUACCAAAAUUAUGAAGCACAAAAAAGUGUAGACAAAUCUGAGGAGGACAUUUCAGACGCACCCUCCUCUCCCACAAGUGAACAAGGUGAGAAAAAAAUUCUCCCAAUUUUCAAAUCGAAUGUCGAUAAGACAAAUGGUCUAGAAGGAAUUAUUGCCAAUGAUAAUCCAACAUAUACACAAGUGCACAACGAUCGUAGUAACGAUAGUGGGUUAUACAGAGACGGCAGUAACGCAAGUCUGAGUGGCCCACCCUGUGCAAACGAUUCACGUGAUGCAAAUAAUAAUGGCAAUGAAAAAGAAGCUCUAGAUGAUGUUACGUGGCGGAGUCACAAAAACGACAAGGAGGGCACUGUCGAAAGUGAUAGUGGUGAUCAGAGCGAAGAUGCAGAUAACGCAACGAGUUCGCUUAUCGAAGUGGAUAAAUCAAAUGAGGGAGGUGAAAAUGGGCAUGUAGCAUAUGUCAGAGUGGAAAAGGGCAAAGAUUUCCAAUGUAGUGAACAAAAAGUAGGUCAUGAGAAGAACGUGGAAAACGAUUUGAGCGUGACGAGAAUGAAGUCCUCCAGCGAUGAUGCAGAGCAGAAGGGGGAGUACGGCUCGAACGUGACUACUGUGAAUAGCCCCCCGAAGGAAGGCAGGGGUAAUGACUAUGGUGAGGAUGGUGCCACCACGCAGGAGCAGAAGGGAAUAAGAAACCGCAAUACAGAAUGCGUGAGGAGUAAGGACAACCCAAGAGAAUUCAAAGUGACCAUGUUGAGUAACACAAACGGGAAGGAUAACAAGGACAGUCUGUACUCCUACAUGAAGGCAAGCAACACGAUGGAUGAUACUAUCACUAGCACGAUAAGUGACAACGCAAAUGAAUACGAAUUGGUGGAGGAUGGCAGUGAAGAGAAAAACGAAAAGGAGGAUCCCCAAAUUGAGUCGGAAAAUGUCCAAAUGGGAAGUCCCUACUACACAGUGGCAAAUAAUAAUAAAAGACGAAGAGAUAGCUUCUCCAACGAUGAAAUGAACAAGGAGAGGAAAUUAAACAGUCAGAAUGCAGCCCUCUGUGGACCCCACUAUGCAUCCGCUUAUGCAUCUCCUUAUGCAUCGCCUUAUGCACCCCCUGAAGAGAAUGCAAAUAAAACCUUCAUCCUACGUGCACAUGGCGAAUCGCAUGGGGAACAGAAGGGAGAUAAGACAAGCUACGAAAGUUGUAGCAAAGAUGAACAAUAUGUUAACCCCCAACAAGGGGAUCAAAACAAACCGGGAGGAAAUUUUGUAAGUUAUUCAAAGGAGAACCUUGGGGGGGUUAUUUUCGUGAACAGGGAAAACAUAACUAGUGUUGAUCCCUCAUAUGACAAUGGAAAGUCCUUUACCAUACAUAGAACAUUUGACAAGGCCAAUGUAGUGGAAAAAGAUGUGCAGGAAAAUGUGAACUCUAACGGUGCAUAUGUACCAACUCACCCACAAGCCAAUGGUGUGGAUUCAGGUCCAAAUUGUAAAGUAGAAAGAACCGAUAAUUUUAAUGACGCCCCAAUUGAGGAUAACGCAAAUGGUUAUUCGGAGCAUAUUCAGGUGUCAGCCAAAAGUGUGAAGGACAAUUGUGAUGAAUAUAUAGAUAUGGACAACGAAAAUAAUAACCUGUCCGAUGAUUGCAAAAAUUCUAGUGAUGAUAAUAUGGAGAAAAAGGACUCAAGUCAGUUUGAUGGAAAUGACAAGAAGAAGAUUAAACCGGACAGUGAGACAUUAUUGCCAAUAGCGAAUAUAAGCAGAAUUAUGAAAAGAAUUUUGCCGGCAUCCGCUAAGGUGGCCAAGGAAAGUAAAGACAUAAUACGAGAGUGCGUCACGGAGUUUAUACAGUUCCUGACGAGCGAGGCCAGCGACAGGUGCCUGAGGGAGAGGAGAAAGACCAUCAACGGCGAGGACAUUUUGUUUUCCAUGGAGAAAUUGGGAUUUAACGACUACGUUGAACCUCUUUGUAAGUACCUCACCAAGUGGAAGCAGCUCAAAGGAAUGAGCAACUCUAGCAACUGCCAAGAGAAGAAAUGUGAAGGUUCCAAGUUACUGCUUGAGCAAAACGCCACAAUGAAGAAGAGCCUGAGCGACGUUAACAUGAACAGCAGUGCAAUUGUAGGCAAGGAAGCAGACAAUGUCAUCCUCACGAAGGAUAGCGACCAUUUGAUGAACAACAUGUACAGAAACCCAAACGAAAUAUUUGAAAACAAUAUAAAUCACAUGGAAUAA